GACGUGCCGAGAUUCUAUAUCUGAAUACCGUGAAAUAUCUGCUGGUUAGCCUUGUUGAAUUGAGAGCAACACUUCAAUAGCACAAACCUUGGAACCGCGGAGCACACGAACAGAUCGACCGCAGCGUCAUGGGUAGCAAGCCAAACACAGGCGGCGAGGGUGUCGAAACGCCCGUGGAGGAAGAGGCACGCCUCUCACAAGAACUUGCGGAAUUACAGAGGCCCCAAAGACUUCUGAAGCUGAAGGCGCAGAUCGAAGCAGCCCGUAAAGGCAGUUCCAUAAGCGAUGAGCGUGCUCAACCUUGUUGCUUGACGAUACUGAGAGCGGAAGAGAAUACGCACAGCGAGACUCGAGCACAGCUGGACCAAAAGAGUCGGGAGUUGGACAAUCUCCAAGUCGAAUAUUCCGGCAGAGGCAAAGAGCUUGUCGAUAUCAAAUCGAAGUUGAAGCAAGUGGAGGACGAGUUGAAGGCAAUGACUCAAGCCAGAGAUAAAGAGAAGAUUGCACAUAAUCAGACACAGGCUAGCUUGAAGGCAAUGACUGAUUCGAGAGAUCAAGAGCGGACAGCACAUGGCAAGACAACAGCCAGCCUGAAAGCCACGACUGGACAGAGAGAUCAAGAACAGACUGCGCACAACCACACAAAAGCCACCUUGAGAUCAGUGACUCAGUCGAGAGACAAAGAACAGGCAGCACACGAGCAGACCAAAGCCACCCUGCAAACCGUGACUGAAUCCAGAGACCAAGAACGGACGGCACAUACCGAGACAAAAGCCGCCUUGAAAGAAGUGACUGAUUCGCGAGAUCUGGAACACGCAGCGCAUAACCGGACGAAGGUCGACUUGACGACAAUGACAGCUUCCAGAGAUGAAGAGCAGGCAGCACAACGACGGACACAAGCUGACUUGGACGCCAUGACUGAAUCAAGAGAUGAAGCGCGGUCAAAGUGUCGCGAGCUAGCCGCCGACUUGAAAUAUGCGGAGGCAGAUCUGAACGAUGCAAGGGAAGAGAGGAAACAUUGGGAGGAGCUGGCGACAAGUGCUGUCCCACCCCCAGUGCGAGACAUCCGAUUCCAGGAUGGGUACCCCAAAGCCGCUGAUGGCGGCUGGACCCUGCUGAACGAUUCAUACAAGAUAAAUCACAAAGGAGAGAUUGCUGGUUACAGCAAGAAGGGGUGGGGGAGGAGAUAGCAAGGAGAGAGUCCAGAGAUUGCGAGAAAGACCGAGGCUCCGCUGGCCACAGGCUGGGGCUCAUCGGCAUUACGAGUCAAAAGCCGUUAUUGCCCCCGGGCACUAUUGGAGACCUCGCACAGUUGCGAUAAGCCAUAUCCAGUGUUUCAAUGUUCUGUAAGGUGGACUGUUUCGUCUCUGUUUAUCGCCACAACGGAGGCUCCGGCUGAGUCGUCGAGCGUUGGGAUCCAUUGACGAUUUGUCUCUCGUACCACUUGUGCUGGGGUUCGGAAGCUGCAAUUGAUGGAGCGGGACGUUUAGAUAAAAUUG